GCCUUAUUAGGUUAAAACUUCAAAUUAAAGGGCAAAACGCAGGAGAAAUUACAACUUACAAGGCCCCAAGAAUCUCUCCUCUCCCAAAUCCAGCAGCAAAAUACUCUGCUAGAGAGAGAAUUUGAGAGAGCGAGAGAGAGGAUAUUCAAUGGCGUUUAUUUCCUUCCUCGGCAGACUCCUCUUCGUCUCGAUCUUCGUUCUCUCCGCUUACCAAGAGUUCAAUGAAUUUGGCAUUGAUGGUGGGCCCGCGGCGAAGGUUUUAAAGCCAAAGUUCAAUGUUUUCUCGAAGCACGUUACCGCACAAACUGGAAUUCAAGUUCCAUAUGUAGAAAUGAAACAUUUGAUUCUGGGAGCCAUCAUCAUGAAAUCAGUUGGGAGUCUGUUGUUCAUCUUCGGCAAUUCUCUUGGAGCUUCACUCCUGAUUUUGCAUCAAGCAAUUUCGUCACCCAUCUUGUACGAUUUCUACAAUUAUGAUGCUGACAAGAAAGAAUUCGGUCAUCUCUUUGUCAAAUUCACACAGAACUUGGCACUGCUUGGGGCAUUGCUUUUUUUCAUCGGCAUGAAGAACUCGAUGCCAAGGAGAUCAUCAAAGAGGAGGGCCACUAAAUCAAAAACGAACUAAGACGAUGGUCAAUGCUACUGUUUCAUUUGGCACACAUCAAUUUUACUAACAAUGGCCUGAUUAUGAUAAUAGAAUCAGUGGUUUUGGUAAGUUUGUGUCGUUAGUAUCCCAUGAGAUUUUUGUUGCGAUUUUCUCUUUGAAACUAUGUUUCUAGGCUUUGGCGCAUCUUAUUUUUGAAUUAAUCGUAGGUAGAAGGCACUUAUAGUGAUGAUGAUGUUGGGUUUGUCUUCUAAAUUGGAAACACAUUUAUGCUUUGCUUCUGAGUGGCCUGGUUGGAUUAUUUCAUUGGUUUGGUUUAUUAUCCCAUGAGAUCUGCUUGACUUUUGUUCUGGCAUGGCUGAGCAAUUAUGUGCACAAUAAUUUACAAGGAAAAUGAGAGUCCGAC